UAUACUUAGAUGGAACGCACUCAAAACGCCACAUUCCCUCGCCUGCGGAAACCCCUCAUUCACUCGGCUGCGAAAACGAAACCAAACGAAAUUCCCGCUUCUACCACAGAACAGCCGCCGUGGCGCCACUGCUGCCGCAGGCGAAGAGCUCUUUUAUCGCUCCGUGACAAGCUCUCUCGUCGCUCUUCGUAGCGCCACUGCCGCCACAGGCGAAACCUCUCUUACUCUUGUCUCGCUCGACAAUCCCUAGGAUAUUGGCAUCUUCUGUGAAUUGGGGUACUAGUUGACUUCAUUUUUUCCCGGAAUAGGAUAUGGCAUACUCUGAACCUGUAGGCACUGAAAGGGAUCCAAUGCAACUAAAUAUUGCUUUGAGGAAACCUCGGAUUCUACUUGCUGCUAGCGGAAGUGUUGCUGCUAUGAAGUUUGGACAUCUAUGCCAUUGUUUUUCUGAAUGGGCUGAAGUUAAAGCUGUAGCCACGAGGGCGGCUUUACAUUUCAUUGAUAGAACAUCACUCCCUAAGGAUGUAAUACUUUACACUGAUGAGGAUGAAUGGUCCAGUUGGUCAAAAAUAGGUGAUGGUGUGCUGCACAUCGAGCUUCGUAGGUGGGCUGAUAUCAUGGUUAUUGCCCCAUUGUCAGCAAACACACUUGCCAAGGUUGCUGGGGGAUUGUGUGAUAACUUGCUUACAUGCAUUGUGCGAGCAUGGGACUAUAGUAAGCCACUGUUCAUUGCUCCGGCCAUGAACACAUUCAUGUGGACCAAUCCUUUCACUGAAAGGCAUCUUAUUACCGUUGAUGAGCUCGGGAUAUCGCUAAUCCCACCAGUUUCAAAGAGGCUGGCUUGUGGAGACUAUGGGAAUGGUGCAAUGGCCGAACCUUCUCUUAUUUACUCGACUGUAAGGCUCUUCUUGGAGUCUCGGGCCCAACCUAGCGGUAGUAAUGUUCGUUAAUUCAAACAGCUGCCAGCCAUUGGGUGUGUUUAGCAGAAUCAUUCGGCUUUGUUUAGUUUUUUAGGUUCCUAAGUGGGUGUUGGACAUGUUUUUUCAGGUGUUAUUUGGUGGUUCAGGUGUUAUUGGUUGGUUUUCUUUUGUAUCUUCUGGGCGUUUUAAGGCUUUCUCUGGGGGGGUGUGUUUGUCACCUCGGGCUGUAUAAUUCCUAGUAAUGAAACUCAACUGAAUAUAUGCAUACAUUCAUUCAUAAAUAUAUGUAAAUAAUUUGGAAAAUAAA